CGUCUCUCUCCAUCAAAACACUCCUCUCCUCCGCGAAUCUCGUGUUUUCUGCUGGAAAUGGCCGCGCAGGAGGUGGCCUCGCAGCCCAGCGACACUCUGGCGACGCUCAAAACCGAAUCCGAGACGCUGAAGACGAAGCUGGAGGAGGAGAGAGCCAAGCUGCACGAUGUCGAGCUGCAUCAAGUGGCAGAGAAGACUGAGGCUUUGGGUCAGUUUGUCAUGAAGACCAGACGAACCCUGAAAGGCCAUGGAAAUAAAGUCCUGUGUAUGGACUGGUGUAAAGACAAGAGGAGAAUCGUCAGCUCAUCUCAGGAUGGAAAGGUGAUUGUAUGGGAUGCCUUUACAACAAAUAAGGAGCAUGCAGUGACUAUGCCCUGCACGUGGGUCAUGGCCUGUGCUUACGCCCCCUCUGGAUGUGCAGUGGCUUGUGGUGGGUUGGACAAUAAGUGCUCUGUGUACCCUCUAUCCCUGGACAAGAACGAAAACCUUGCCGCCAAGAAGAAAUCAGUGGCCAUGCACACCAACUACCUGUCCGCAUGCUGCUUUACUAACUCAGAUAUGCAGAUCCUGACGUCUAGCGGUGACGGCACCUGUGCUCUUUGGGAUGUAGAGAGCGGUCAGAUGCUGCAGAGCUUCCAUGGACACGCGGCUGAUGUGCUGUGUCUGGAUCUGGCCCCCUCUGAGACCGGAAACACAUUCGUGUCAGGGGGCUGUGAUAAGAAGGCUUGCGUGUGGGACAUGCGCACGGGACAGUGCGCCCAGUCUUUUGAGACCCAUGAAUCAGACAUCAACAGUGUGCGGUACUAUCCGAGCGGAGAUGCUUUCGCUUCAGGCUCAGAUGACGCUACUGUGAGGAGGCUGCUGUUUGGAGGCUACAAUGACUACACCAUCAACGUGUGGGACGUUUUAAAGGGCACCCGCGUGUCCAUCUUGUUUGGACAUGAGAACAGAGUUAGCACGCUCCGCGUUUCUCCAGACGGAACAGCGUUCUGCUCGGGAUCCUGGGAUCACACAUUACGGAUCUGGGCCUGAAUGUUGGCUGAAACGCAGACUGCUUGCGUUUGACGUCCGGCACGAUCAGAUUUCUCACUUUCCUCACCGCAGCUGGAUUCAAGGAUAAACCGCAGACUGUAAUAGCGUAUUGAGUGCAGUAGAGUAUAUGAUACAGAGGGACUGUAGUGCAUCCAACUCUAAUCAGCACAUGGUAUGCUUGGUAUUAUGGGAUGGACUUGGAUGAUGUCGAUGGCUUCUGUUCCUAUGACAGCGACUACCGCUAUAUUUUGGCGUUCUAGUGUAUGUGUGUGAACUUUUGAUCCAAGAAAUAAUUUAUCUGAAACAUUAAUCUAAAAAAUACAAAUGUAUUUCAUGUUGUUUAGGUCUGUGCAUGAGGUUGAGACACUGGUGUCUAGAUUGACUGCUUGUGAAUGAGUGAAAAAAGGAAGGAUUGUUUAGCGGACACUAUGUCUGAUAUGCAAGCUAAGAGAUUUAGUUAUGCUCUUUUACUCGUAAUGGUCUGGUUGUCAUUCAAUUAUUACGCCACUAUAGUUGUUCUUUCUUACGGUAUUCUUAAUAUCAUAUAGAUUGUCAUACAGAUAUCCCUACACCUAAACCAAAUAAAUGGAUUUUAA